AUGUGUUGCGAACGUCCUGCGAAUAAUCCUUACGGUGGGAUUUCCCCACCAUCGGCCGCGAGCCAAUGGAAGGGAGGAUGGCCGCAAUCUUCAGAUUGGACACCGUACCGGCGGACGGCCAGCAUGGAAGCGACGGCCGCUGGGUAUGCCGAUUGCUUCGGAAGUGGCAGACCGCACCUCGUAGGCGGUGGUGGUGGUGUGGGGUCACUUCCGGCCGACACCGAUAGGACUCGAGCUGGUCACUGGACAGGAGGUGGCGCAGGUGGACCAACCCCAAAGGAAGACUUAGGUGAUAUGGCGUUCUUCAUGCCGAACUACUCCCGCGAGGUGCUGAAGAUGAUGUUCAUGAUGCGUUCCCAUCACAUGCUGACGGAUGUGACUCUUGAGGUCGAACAGGAAACGUUCCACGCACACAAGGUCGUACUGUCCGCGGCCAGUCCGUACUUCAAGGCGAUGUUUACGGGCGGAUUGAAGGAGUGUGAGAUGGCACGAGUAAAACUACAGGGCAUCUGUCCGACGGCGAUGACGCGCAUCCUUUUCUUCAUGUACACCGGUCAGAUCCGCGUAACCGAACUGACCGUGUGCCAGCUACUUCCGGCGGCCACCAUGUUUCAGGUGCCGAACGUGAUAGACGCGUGCUGUGACUUUCUCGAGCGCCAGCUUGAUCCCACCAAUGCGAUCGGAAUUGCCAACUUCGCUGAACAGCACGGCUGUGAAACCUUGCGUCAGAAGGCGAACCAAUUCAUCGAGCGCAACUUUACCCAAAUCUGCCGUGAGGAGGAAUUCCUGCAACUAUCUGUGAUGCAACUGAUAUGCCUGAUCCGAAAGGACGAGCUGAACGUGCAGGGCGAACGGGACGUGUACGACGCGGUCUUGAAGUGGGUGAAGUACGACGAGGACAAUCGGUAUCCGAAGAUGGAGAGCAUCCUGUCGGCGGUGCGUUGUCAGCUGCUAACUCCCAGCUUCCUUAAAGAGCAGAUGAAAAACUGUGCCGUGUUGCGCCGAGCACCCGGAUGUCGCGAGUACCUGGCCAAGAUCUUUCAGGACCUAACGCUGCAUAAACGACCGGGUGUACGCGAACGUAAGCCAAACACGACACGCAUGAUUUUCGUGGCAGGCGGUUACUACAAGCAUUCGCUUGACAUGCUCGAGGGUUACAACGUGGACGACCGGGUGUGGCUUACGUUGCCAAAACUGACGGUUCCCCGGUCCGGGUUGGGUGCCGCCUUCCUAAAGGGCACGUUUUAUGCGGUGGGUGGGCGCAACAACUCGCCCGGAUCGUCGUACGAUUCGGAUUGGGUCGACCGGUACAACCCGGUGACGGAAACGUGGCGUCCUUGUUCGCCAAUGUCCGUGCCCCGGAACCGGGUCGGUGUGGCCGUAAUGGAUGAGUUGCUGUACGCCCUUGGUGGGUCGUCCGGGUCGGAUUACCAUAACACGGUUGAAUACUAUGAUCCCGAAACGGACCGAUGGACACUGGUGCAACCGAUGCACUCGAAGCGGCUGGGUGUUGGAGUGGCCGUUGUGAAUCGGUUACUGUAUGCGAUCGGUGGAUUCGACGGCAAGACACGACUCGCAACAGUCGAGUGCUACCAUCCGGAAAAUAACGCCUGGACAAUGGUGCCAGCGAUGCAGUACGGUCGCAGUGGCGCUGGUGUGGCCGCUUUACAUCAGCACAUUUACGUAGUCGGUGGAUUCGAUGGGACACGGCAACUCGCUUCGGUGGAACGGUACGAUACGGAGAAGCAAUGCUGGGACAUGGUCGCACCGGUUCGCAUCGCUCGAAGUGCGCUCUCGCUAACCGUACUGGAUGGGCGGUUGUACGCGAUCGGUGGUUACGACGGGCAGGACUUUCUGACCAUUGUCGAGGUGUACGAUCCGGUGCGGGAUGUUUGGGACGAAGGUACACCGCUCACAUCUGGUCGCAGUGGUCACGCAUCUGCCGUCAUUUACACACCAUCCUGCAUCUCCAGCUACAUGGAAGGUCUCAAUUUGGGCGGGCAAGAUAAGCGUGAUGGUGAUGGAGGUGGAGCCAGUGAUGACGGUGGUAAUGGACAUCCAACGAAACCGUCAACUUCGUCCUCGACGGUGGCUCCUUCAGGUGACGCACCCGGAUCGUCCAGUGGAGGUGGUAGCGGAGGAUGUCCCCAAGGCUCAUCGACGGUCACCGGUGAGACGCAAGAAGACACCACAGAACGUGAACAGUUUGCCAUGGAAACCGACUCUAGUCAAGAGGAAUGUGAUACGAAAGAUGCCGUCUCGACCGUAGAAGACGGUGAGCCCUUCCGGGAGGGUGCCCCACCACCGGAAUUCUUUCCUAGCGUGUUGGCCAUGCGGCAGAUGGCUUGCGUUAACCGUCAAUCGCCAGUUACCGACGUGGGUCCUUGCCGGUUGACGCGCCGUAUCCUGUCCUGUCGAAAAGCGAAACGCUGUCCUAACAAGGAUCACCGUGCCAACGGUCCCGGUAAUGGUACGCGAGCAUCCUCACCCUGCCCGAAACGGUCCGUCUCUUCCACAGCCCGGUACACGCUGACAUUGGCACCGAUUCCGGCCACACGAAAGUCCGGAAGUGGUUGUAAAAGCAAACGAAAAGCGCCACCGACCGCCCAGGGUUCCACGAGUGACGACAAUUGCGCGCUAGUGAGACUGAAAAAACGUAUCACCUGCCUCGUGUCCGCCUUCGUUUCACCAAAUUCAUCCGGCACUUCCAACACGCUGCCAUCCGCGUCUAAUCCUGUGGAACCCUCGUCAACUGCGGCCACUCCAACGCCACCAAACGACGUACUCCCGACGGUUCCAGCGAUCGUGUUAUCAACAGCAGAUGAACUUCGGACGGUGGAUCAGCGUCGAAGCUCCUAUUCCUUGAUCCCCCUGCUAACCACCUCCACGACACCCGCAACGGCCGUUGCUGCAAUGGAACAGCACCGAACAGCAACACCAAAUGCCAAGUUAUGACCCCACCACUGUGCCAGUUCAAUGUGACACGCACGAGAUCAUCAUCCUCGUUGUCCGGUGGCCUUCCAAGCCACUACGACCGGGACGAGUGGAAGUAUUUGUGUGAAACCCGAGGCGAAAGCAGAGCGAGUGCAAACGUUGCUGUCGAUCCUAGAAUGAAUCUGAUUAAGAAAGCGAACUCGUACAAUCAAGGGAGGCUACCCUAGUGCCGCGGUGGUGGCGGUGUCGACUACCGGCGAGCCAAACGAACCAACUAAAGUCCGCCAGGGGUCCGGUCAAGCUGAAGACAUUCCUUUUUUAAAAGAGAAAAUCCCAAGGAUAACGGACACUAGUGAUAGUGGUGUGACGUGGGACGACGACGUGCCUAUCCGGUUUGUCUUGUACCAUGUAUGAGAUCGGUAGGUGCACGGGGAGUGCCCUCAAGGAACAAGUCAACCACACACACUCGCUAUACUUCGCUACAGUGGCGCUCCGUUUCUUCCGCCAGCGAAUGCGUCGCUGCUUCGAAACCUAGACGAAUAAUAACUGCUAUGGUUUAAUUUUAUUUGC